ACUAAUUUUUGUGCAAAUAUCGAAAAUAGUGUACUAGUUAGUGAAUUUAGUGAAAAUGAAGUCUGCGAGAUCGAAACCAAAGCUGAACGAAAUGCGAACGCCAGCUAGGAGCAAACAAAACUUAUGCCAGGGAGAAAGGGAUCCUGUACAAGUUUAUUGCCGUUUGCGGCCUAUGCAGCGUGAAAAUGAUACUUCAUGUAUCAAAAUACUGUCUCCAACAACGAUCCUUAUGACGCCGCCAUCCACAGCUAUCAGUUACAGGAACGAAAACAACAAAACAAUGAAAUAUACUUUCAAAGAAGUGUUCCCGCCGGAAACUAAUCAACAAGAUGUGUUCGACAAAGUUGCUUUGCCUCUCUGUGAAGGCUUGCUCAAAGGUAAAAAUGGCUUAUUGUUCACUUAUGGAGUUACUGGUAGCGGUAAAACCUUCACCAUGACAGGCGAACCGAACAAUUGUGGUAUUCUACCAAGAUGCCUCAAUGUCAUAUUCAAAACUAUAAAUGAGCUACAAGCACACAAAUAUAUAUUCAAACCUGAUAAAAUGAACAUGUUCGACAUACAAAGCGAAGCUGAAGCCAUGUUGGAAAGGCAACAGGAAUUACACAAAUUCAAAAGUGGCCGUAAAAAUAAUUCCAACCCAGAUUUGGCAAUGUCUAACAAUGAUUUAACAAAAAUAGAGGGAAUCAAUGAAGACAAUCAAUAUGGUGUAUUUGUAACUUAUGUAGAAGUAUACAAUAAUAGUGUGUUUGAUUUACUUGAAGACGGGCCAUUAAGUAAGAAUUUACCAGUCAAAAUGAUAAGAGAAGACGCAGCACAUAACAUGUAUGUGCAUGGUGUAACGGAGAUUGAAAUUAAAUCUGCAGAGGAAGCAUUUGAAGCUUUCUAUCUUGGUUUAAAGCGGAAGAGAAUGGCUCAUACGACGCUUAAUACAGAAUCCAGUAGGAGCCACUCCAUCUUCACAAUCCGACUUGUGCAGGCACCUGUCGAUGAAAUGGGAGAGGCUGUUAUUCAAAACAAAAAGUUCCUCUCCAUAAGUCAAUUGAGCCUUGUCGAUUUGGCUGGUAGUGAACGAACUAAUAGAACAAAGAACACAGGACAGCGCCUCCGUGAAGCUGGUAAUAUAAAUAAGUCACUAAUGACGCUUCGUACUUGCCUCGAGGUGUUAAGGGAAAAUCAAACUAAUUCUGCUAACAAUAUGGUACCUUAUCGCGAAUCAAAGCUCACUCAUCUAUUCAAAAACUUCUUUGAAGGUGAAGGUCAAGUUAGAAUGGUUGUCUGUGCCAAUCCAAGAGCUGAAGAUUAUGAUGAGACGCUACAAGUAAUGAGGUUUGCAGAAGUAGCGUCAGAAGUAGAAGUUGCUAAGUCGCAAGUGACAGACAUAGCUGCUACUAUAGGCUUGAUGUCUGGUCGGCGUAAAGCAAACCGAUUAUUCAAUGCAGCUCGAGAUAAAAUUAUGAAACCAGAAGCUAAAGAUUUAGAACUAGAUUUAGGACUAGUGUACAGCCUAGGACCAGACUUUCCAAGCAUUAAAAUGAAUAGUCCACAAGAAUCUCAUAUCAUAAAGGAACUAAUUGCACAUUUGGAAAUGCGUAUAAGCCGCAUACAGACUCUAAAACAAAGCAAGGAUAUAAAAGAUGAAAGAUUACGGUCUGCGCUGUUAGAAUUAGUUAAUGAGUCAAUUGAAGUGAGGAUCCAAAACACGUCUCUACGCAAUCAGCUAUCCACUGCUGAACGACGAGUGAAAGCAUUAGAAGACCGCCUUACUGCUACAGAGAAUGCAGCAUUAAACCAUCAAAAGAAACUAGCCGAAAUGACAGAAUACACAUCUGGCCUGAAACGUGACUUACAAGAAAAGGAGCUCCUCCUCAGCCAAAAUAAGCUUGAUAAAGAGAAACAGAAGAAGGUUCUCGAAAGAAAAUACCAGCACAAGAUCGCUGCCGAACACGAAAAGGCAAAAGAAAUAAACACAGAAAAGGAACGUCUCCGCAAUGCAAUUGAAGAAAAAGAGAAUAGAUUGCGUAUUAUUGCAUGCGCUUUAAACGACCGUGGGGACGAUGCAGCGCCUAGAUCUACUUUAGAAAUGGGAGCGCAAACUAGCGGCAGAGAUUUCACACCAGGCUCCACACCGCGAGCGCUACCAGCCCAUUUACUAACACCAUUCAGCUCUGGUCAUACAAAAGAAACACGUGACACACCAACAUCAAGACGAGGUGUCGCCAUAGCGAAUCCUAGACACAGAAGAUCGCUAUCAGAAGACGGCAGAGGCUGGGUGGAACACGCGCCAAACAAACUCGUCCCCAUGGGAACGGUUAUGAAACCUAGCAUUGGCAAUAGUAAACUAGUAAACAAACUAACACACGUGAAAGACAUAGCGAACUCAAAAACGUCGAAAUACUGCCUAAUAUCGCAAGAACAAGAUACAGAUGGCGAAUUAGAAACGAAAUUAUACAAGGGAGAUAUAGUGCCAACAUGCGGUGGGGGUGCUCAAGUUAUAUUCAACGAUGUAGAGAUGCUGAAGCAGUUCUCUCCGACCAAAGAAAGAGAGCGGGAGUCGUUAACAAACAGGACGUCUGGGUGUGCAAGACAUUCCGGUAAGCGGCGCGAUACAGGUUGCUCGCCUCCGCAGACGCCGUCGAACACGAGUAAAAAGCAAAGGGUGGAUGACGAUUGAGUAUUCUACUGUUAACAAUGCGGGUAGUUGCGAAACCAACGAUGGAAUAUCUCGGCGCGAUUGAAGCGAUGCCUCCCAGUGUUACGGUGUCGGCCCUCGCGGACAGACGUGCUGCUGAAGCUAACGCUAUUAGUAAUAAUCCUUUAUUAACGAAUUCACUCUUCCAAAUUGUUUUAGAAGAAUCAGACAGUAAAAGAAGAGUACAGCGAUACAGGGACAUAGAAUAAAAUAUAGGUAGACCCGGCAUUGGUUAUGAUUAUG